GAAAGCCAAGUUAGCAAGAAGAAGGACGAGGAAUUCGAAUUCAACUUUCAACCAAAAUAAAAACAAAAACAGUCCAAGAUGGCGGACCUCGAGGCCGUCUUGGCCGAUGUCUCUUAUUUAAUGGCUAUGGAAAAAUCUAAAUCUACACCAGCAGCUAGGGCAAGUAAAAAGAUAGUACUACCAGAUGCAUCAGUCUACAGUGUUAUGCACAAAUACCUUUCAGACAGAGAAGAAGUUAAAUUUGACACAAUCUUUGAUCAAAAAUUAGGUUUUUUAUUAUUUCAAGAAUUUUGUGAACAACAGUGCGAUGAACCGGUACCUCAAAUAAGAUUCUAUGAAGCUAUUAAAGAAUAUGAAAGUUUACAAAGUGUCGAAGAUAGAUUAAGCAGAGCUCGUGAAAUAUUUGAUAACUACAUUAUGAAGGAGUUACUGUCCUGUUCUCAUUCUUUCACAUUUUCAGCAAUUGAGCAUGUCCGAGCACUUUUAGUAAAGGGUGAAGUACCUGUUGGGUUGUUUGAGCCUUAUGACAAAGAAAUUAGAGAUAGUCUUCGUGGUAGAGUCUUCACUAAAUUUUUAAAAAGUGAAAAAUAUGUACGGUAUUUGCAAUGGAAGAAUCUAGAACUUAACCUUCAUUUAACAAUGAAUGACUUCAGUGUCCAUCGUAUCAUUGGGAGAGGAGGAUUUGGGGAAGUAUACGGUUGUAGGAAAGCAGAUACUGGAAAAAUGUAUGCACUAAAGUCUCUUGAUAAAAAACGAAUUAAAUUAAAGCAAGGCGAAACUUUAGCACUAAAUGAAAGAAUUAUGCUCUCCAUGGUGAACAACCCAUUUAUAGUAUGCAUGACGUACUCCUUUCACACACCAGAUAAACUCUGCUUCAUAUUAGACUUAAUGAACGGUGGCGACUUACAUUAUCACUUGACACAACAUGGCGUUUUUGACGAAAGCAGUACACAAUUUUAUGCAGCAGAGGUCAUGCUUGGUUUAGAACAUAUGCACAAAAGAUUCGUCUGCUAUCGAGAUUUGAAACCCGCCAACAUCUUGCUGGAUGAGAGUGGACAUGUCAGGAUAUCAGAUCUUGGUUUAGCCUGUGAUUUUUCCAAAAAGAAACCACACGCUUGUGUAGGUACACAUGGUUACAUGGCACCAGAAGUCCUUCAGAAGUCAAUAGCAUAUGAUUCAUCAGCUGACUGGUUUUCACUUGGUUGCAUGUUAUAUAAAUUAUUAAGAGGUCAUAGUCCAUUUCGCCAACAAAAGACGAAAGAUAAACACGAGAUUGACAAGAUGACACUAACAAUGGAUGUAAAAUUUCCUGAUGAGUUCUCAACGAAUAUGAAAUCUUUACUUGGUGGCUUGCUACAGAGGAGCGUUCCGAGUAGACUUGGUUGUGGUGGAAGAGGAGCCGACGAGGUGAAAGAACAUAAAUUCUUCAGUGGUAUCGAAUGGAAACAGGUCGAACUGCAGAAGCUUAAACCACCUUUAAUACCUCCUCGAGGAGAAGUGAAUGCAGCUGAUGCGUUUGAUAUCGGUUCCUUUGACGAGGAUGACGUAAAGGGUGUUAAGCUUGCUGAUAGUGAUCAAGGACUGUACAAAAAUUUUAGCUAUGUAAACUCUGAGAGAUGGCAACAAGAGAUAGCAGAAACCGUUUUUGAUGUAGUUAACCAAGAAACUGAGCGUAUGGAAUCAAAGAAACGUACCAAACAUAACCUAGCUUUAGAUGUUCAAAAUGGCGACUGUUUGUUGCAUGGGUACUUGCACAAAUUAGGCGGUCCCUUCGGUUCAGUUUGGACAAAGAAAUAUUUUUACUUAUUUCCCAAUCGUUUGGAAUACAGAGGCGAGCAGUCAAACUCGCAAAAAAUUCUGCUACCAUUAGAAGACAUACAAUACGUGGAUGAAACGAACUACAAAGGCUUCAACUGUAUCAAGAUAAUCCUUAAAGAUCAGCGAGAAAGUCUCGUACUACGAGCAGAUAGUGUAACGGAAUAUAAUGAAUGGUUUAAAGAAAUCAACAAGUCUUUUGAAGAAGCUCAAAUACACAUACGUACAGGAGCGAAAAUAUUGACUUCAAAUAGCAGUAAAAAUUUAGCCUCUCAGUCCAGUCGCGAGGAACUUGAUUCUUCAGUGCGUUAAACACACAACGGCCUGUAUUUAGUAAAAUCUGUUGUUAUAUAGUCGGCUGCAGCAUUACGAUUGGUUGGGCUUGUGCGACGUUAUCACUGUGUUUUUAGCUGUUAAUCACCGAUGCAAGUGUAUUUUUGGGAGCAAAACCCUAUUCUCACAAAUUUUAAAUUAAAAUUCCAAUGAGCUUAGAAGGAUUUUUUUUAACUGAUUUCUUCAAAUAAUAAUGGUGCUGUAGAUGCUAAACGCAGUUAGUCAAUGAUACUAGAAAAUAACAAACAAACUCGGUGUCAACAUAGCAAGAACGACACAGGACGCUGAUUAACUGGGAAUUUUUAUGCGUAUAGAAAUUAAUGAUUAACAAAUUUGAUGUUGCGCGGAAGAACGUUUCGCUUCACUGCAUCUGUGUAAAACACACUUCUUUUUUUUGUUGCAUGUAUAUGUAAUUUAUUUGGAAUACACGGAUCUUCCAUCUUGUA